AUGCAUCACGGGCUAGGCGUCGGCCCACCUCCCCCGCGCGUCGGCCCGCCUCCCCCGCGCGUCGGCCCGCCUCCCACGCGCGUCGGCCCGCCUCCCCGCGCGUCGGCCCGCCUCCCCCGCCGCCUACCUUAUCCACCCACUCGCUCCUCUUCCUCCACUCACUUCAUCUUCCCACUUUCCCCUCCGCCGCCGCAUCGCCGCGGGGUAGGUGGCCGCCGCGCGACUCCAUCCGCCGCAUCAGUCCCUCUCCCCUCCACUCAUCUCUCCUGUCCACUCACUCGCCAGCUCUCGCCCUCUCAACCCCCCACACCCGCCGCAUCGCGGCGCGCGUCGCCGAGCCCGCAAUCACCACGCCAUCUUGCCGCGACCACCGCACCAGUCUCCGGCGCCACCUCUCGCCCUCCCACCUCCCCCCGCCGCAUCGCGGCGCGCGUCGCCGAGCCCGCAACCACCGCACCAGUCUCCGGCUUCACCUCUCGCCCUCUGACCUCCCCCCGCCGCAUCGCGGCGCGCGUCGCCGAGCCCGCAACCACCGCGCCAUCUAGCCGCGACCACCGCACCAUGCUCCGGCGAGACGUGUGCGACUGCUGUCGACGCACGCAUGGAGCUUCAUCGCCCAGACGCGGGUGCUGGAUCCCGUCACCCUCCGGUCGGAUCCACGGUGGUGCUGGUCUCCGGCGAGUUCGACGGUGGAUCCGCAGCGCGGUGCCUCGAUCUACAACGCCAGCAGCUCCGAUUAUUCUUGUAUGGAGAGACCAGGGGUGUGCUUCAGGGGUUCUGGAUGAAGUAGGUCGAGGCAUUGAUGUUGUGUCCAGGCUUUUCUUUUAUACAAUGGUGGCGAUGAGGGAUGAAGUAUGUGAGGAUCAGUAAUGUUGUCGCACGACAAUGUCCGUUCACUCAUGGGUUUUCUCAAGGUGAGGUGGUAUCUUUUAUUUCUGUGCAUAUGUGUGUUUGUCUGAAUUAUUACUUUUGCAUGCACAUUUGUUGUUUGCAUUUGCACCUGCGGAUGUACAUACAUAAUCAUACCAAAACAACAUGCACUAAUUUACGGAUAAUUGUUUUCUAAUCAGUCAUCUACUACAACCAAGAUUUCUCUAGAAUAUUAACUCUUGAGAUCACGCAACUGAGAGUGAGUGUAGUGAGUGUGCGGCGUUGUCCAAUCCAAUUUGCUUAGAUUCGUAAAAGAACCUUCAUGUUAAAUUUUGUCGAAGUGCUUGCUUGCGUCAUGAUCCUUGUAACUACAACUAUAAUUCAGAAGAACAGGGAAGAGUGAAACACUGAAUGAGGUCUGGUCUUUG